AGUCCACAUUUGAAAGCUCUUACCAGGAGUCAGGGAAGGGAAAUGAUAAAUCACCAAGCGCAGUUACCUUUGCCAAAGAUGAUAAUUCUAAAGAUAACGUUCAAAAGAUGAAGAACAGGAAACUUGGCGAACUAUUUGCUAGCACUUGAAAUGCUGUUUAAUAGUGGAAGAGAAGAAAAUAAAAGAAUGAAAGCUGUCUUUGGGGUGUUUUCGGUGUGGCUGUCGGAAGUCUGAUAUUCGUAUUGUUAUACUGUAAUUUUGAAUACAGUGGUAUUGUUGCAGGAACCGUCGCAUCUGUCAGUACUAUUUUCAUUUGUAUUGGGCUAGCUUUCUUUCCGACCUGUAGAUGUAUCAUGGCUCUAGUUUUUCCAAACUUUACAACUGGAAAAGGACGAACACUACUUCUUUCGGUUAUUUUUUGCUGGUAUGUUAACUGGGCCGAUUCUAAACAUUACACACAAUGGUAAAGAAAUCGGAAACAGCAUGGCAUGUGUGAUUGACCUAAUUGCCAAUCAAUCAAGAAUAUUAUUACAGCAGUCAAAAGAGCCUAUAAGAGAUGUUGCCAAAUAUAUAGAGCAACAAAGACAGUCACUAGAAAACAUCCAGAACAGCAUGUUUGUUGACUUUAAGGAAUUGAGAGACGCCAUUGAUGCACUGGAGAAUGACUUUAAUGUCGUGGAUACAAGUAUGAACAAAAUCUAUGAGGAAUGCACCAGCCCACUAAAGACAGUUAAUCAAGAAUGUAUAAAACUGUGUAACGAACUUCCGACACUUCCUAUAAAUCUAAGAGCGGAAUGCCUUACUCAGUGCAGCAGUUUGAACACACUAACUGAUAUAUGCUCUCCAUUAAAGAUAAGUGACAACUUUGCUGGUGUUACAAAAGAUAUGAA